AUGCUUCCCCAAGCGCUCUUGUUGGCCCUUGUCGUCGCCGUUUCUGCACGGCAGAUCCAUAACGCACAUCCCGGCUUCGUCAACAACGACCACAUCCAGGCAUGUGUCGCGGUGAAGGAUAACGUCGAUGGGGCAGCCGUGACUCUCCAGAAUUGCGGUGCAAACGGCGACCAAGCGGUUUACGAGUGGGAUCUGUCGUUUUUUUCCGACUCCUCCGCGCAGACCACUCUGCAGCAAAUCAAAGUCUUUGGCGACAAGUGCCUCGAGGUUAAAGAUGGCAGCUCUGUCCAAAUUGGUGUUUGCGAUGGGAGCAACGCAAACCCCAACCAGCAAUGGACGUCAAGCAGCGACUCUACUUUCCGUUGGGGUGGUAAGCCCAACCAAUGCCUCGACCUCCGCGAUGGAAAGACCGUCAAUGGGACGCCUCUCGUGGUUCAGCCAUGCUCCCUUGCCUCUUGGCUUCCGACUCAAACCUGGGCCAGCUACCCGAUCACCCGCAAACUAGACGAAGGCCGCCUCUACACGGGGGGGAACUCGGCGGAGGACUCCUACUGCAUAACCGCUUCGUCUGAGGAUGUCAACGCGCCGAUCGGACUCGCCAAAUGCAACAGCUUCAAGGAUGUCUACCCCAAGGGCAGCAACGCGUGGUACAUCCCCUCCCUUGGCUUCACCAACCGCAUCUCCAGCCGUCUCGAGCAGCCCAAAUGUCUCACCGUUCCCGGAGACAAGAAAGAAAACGGCGUCAAACUCGCCAUUGGCCCCUGCGUCAGAGGCACGGGCCCCCCGACCAGUCAGCGCUUCAUUGCUUUGGCAACCGGGCAGCUCCAGUUAGAAGGCACGCGUUUUUGCGUCGACGUGGCUGAUCUUCAAAUCACGAAUGGCGCACUGAUCCAACUCUGGGAAUGCAUCGGCGACAGACCGUCCCAGAAAUGGUCGCGCGCUGCGGUAUAA